GCCAGAUGAGGUAAAGGCUUUACCCUAAUUAGACCCUUUGUUACUCGCUGUCUUCCUGCCUCUGGGUUUUUGCCGUCGCUGAACCUGAAAAAAAGCGAAGCCGUUGGCCCUUAUCCGCCCACUUUCCCAACUUUACUGAUUGACAAAGAAACAGCAAGAAAAUAAGAAUGGGAAGAGAAACUCCAAAACAGCAACAACAGAUUUCUUACACAGUGGAGCAGCUUGUGGCCGUCAAUCCUUACAAUCCCGACAUCCUACCUGAUCUCGAGAACUUCGUUAAUGAGCAGGUUUCAUCGCAAACAUACAGUCUGGAAGCAAAUCUCUGCCUUCUUCGUCUCUACCAGUUUGAGCCUGACCGAAUGAGCACCCAAAUUGUUGCUCGCAUUUUGGUUAAGGCUCUCAUGGCAAUGCCAGCUCCAGAUUUUAGCCUUUGUCUCUUUUUGAUUCCAGAGCGAGUGCAAAUGGAGGAGCAGUUCAAGGAUCUGAUUAUUUUAUCCCACUAUCUGGAGACAGGAAGAUUUCGUCAGUUCUGGGAUGAAGCAGCUAAAAGUCGUCAUAUAGUUGAGGCCGUGCCAGGUUUUGAGCAAGCAAUCCAGACAUAUGCUAUCCAUGUCCUCUCCCUGACUUAUCAAAAGAUUCCAAGACCUGUACUUGCUGAGGCUAUUAACAUCGAAGGCCUAUCCUUGGAUAAAUUCCUUGAACACCAGGCAGCCAACAGUGGUUGGAUUCUGGAGAAGGGCCAUGGCAGGGGUCAACUAAUAGUCUUACCCAGGAACGAAUUUAAUCAUCCUGAGCUGAAGAAAAGUGCUGGAGAUACUGUUCCAUUGGAGCACAUCACCCGUAUUUUCCCCAUUCUUGGUUAAACCUCUCAUGAGUAGGAAGGAAGACUUUUUUGGAGUCAUUUCCCCCAUGUUUUCAUGUCAUGGCGACAUUUCUCUUUGUUUGAUGUCUUGGAUAUAUAACAAGAAGCUAUUUUAGGAUAGACUUGUCAAAACCAUCUCAAAGAUUAGCUAUGAAUGGGUUCUUUGUUAGUUUCUAUUUUGUCAGUCGUCAGAGAUUCAGAAUCUAGUUAUUUAUUAUGCUUUUACUUU